AUGCUCUCUGGAAUCGGCCCCGAGGACCAUCUUUCGCAGCUCAACAUCAAGACUCUUGUCGAUCUACCAGUUGGCCAGGGGUAUCACGACCAUCCGUCAGUGACUAUUUUCUCGAAACUCAGAAACCCUGAAAAGGGGCUUGCCUUGGGAUCGCCAGCCUUCAACAAACCUGAAUAUUUCCGAGGAAGCCCAAUGGAAUGGCUGGUAACGGCCUCUACGCCGCGCGACGAACCCAUCAAGGCUGCAGAGGCCGAUGGAAUCAGCCCAGAUGACCAACUUUUUAAGAAAGGACCCCGAAGUAACUUCGAGAUCAUGUUCUGCUAUGCUCCCAUCGUCAGUGGUGGAUCUAGCUUCCAGCUUCCAUUUGACGGUACGCAUAUCAGCUCUCCCGUUGUGCUCCUCCUGCCCACAAGCCGUGGCGUAGUUACCCUCGCCAGCGUGGAUCCGACAGCGGAUCCCAUCCUGAAUCCACAGUACCUCCAGACCGAAACGGAUAUUACAACUUUCCGUGCCGGCCUGCGUCUGGCCAUACGCAUCAUGGAAACAGGUGCAGCAAAGGAAGUGGUGGAGGGUGAAUCUCCGCCCCCUGGACACUGUCCGCUAAGCAGCAAUAGCAGCGACGCCGAACUCGACCGGCGCAUACGGACCGUAGGAGCAACAUACAAUCAGAAUGCAGGUACGGCGGCCAUGGGUAAAUUUGUCGACAGCCAAUGUCGCGUGAUAGGAGUGAAGAAGUUACGUGUCCGCGAUGCGAGUGUGUUGCCUGUUUCCUUAGCGGCGCACUAUCAGGCACCGAUGUAUGCCCUCGGGGAGGCUAUUGCCGAUGCGAUCUUGACUGAUAACUGGUAUCAAUGCGAUGUGAAUUGCACAUGUACACCUGAGAUUUCGUUUAUUCCGAUGAAAGACCGGCAGAAUCAGUAA